GCGGUUCGCUUGGCAAGCCAAGAAACAACCCAAACCAACACGGUAGGCAGGCAACAGCGCACACACAACUCAUCAACGCAAACGCAAACGCAGCGCAGCGCAGCGUUCCUUCUCUUGCAACUCCUCCUCCUACUCACUCAGUCCAGACCAAAGGAGAGAGAGAGAGAGGAGAAAGAUGGUCUCCGCUGUGGUGAGGACGAUCCUGGUCACGGGCGGCGCCGGCUACAUCGGCAGCCACACCGUGCUGCAGCUCCUCCAGCAGGGCUUCCGCGUCGUCGUCAUCGACAACCUCGACAACGCCUCCCAGGUCGCCCUCGUCCGCGUCGCCGAGCUCGCCGGACACAACGGCAACAACCUCGUCUUCCACAAGGUUGACCUUCGAGACAGGCACGCGCUGGAGGAGAUCUUCUCGUCACAAAGGUUUGAGGCAGUGAUUCACUUCGCUGGGCUGAAAGCUGUUGGCGAGAGCGUGCAGAAGCCCCUGCUUUACUACGACAACAACCUCAUCGGCACAAUCACACUCCUGGAGGUGAUGGCCGCACAUGGCUGCAAGAAGUUGGUGUUCUCAUCGUCAGCUACUGUCUAUGGGUGGCCCAAGGAAGUGCCGUGCACUGAAGAAUUCCCUCUUUGCGCCACCAACCCCUAUGGGCGAACCAAGCUUGUCAUUGAAGAUAUCUGUCGCGAUGUCCAUCGCUCAGACCCUGAUUGGAAGAUCAUACUACUUAGAUAUUUCAACCCUGUUGGUGCUCAUCCAAGUGGAUACAUCGGUGAAGACCCAUGCGGAAUCCCAAACAACCUGAUGCCCUAUGUUCAGCAAGUUGCUGUUGGGAGGAGACCUCAUCUUACCGUCUAUGGAACUGACUACAACACAGAGGAUGGGACUGGGGUGCGUGAUUAUAUUCAUGUUGUUGACCUGGCCGAUGGCCACAUAGCAGCCCUGAGGAAGCUCUAUGAAGACUCUGACAAAAUAGGGUGUGAAGUAUACAACCUGGGUACUGGAAAGGGAACAUCGGUCCUGGAAAUGGUAGCCGCAUUCGAGAAGGUUUCUGGAAAGAAAAUCCCCCUCGUCUUUGCUGGACGAAGACCUGGAGAUGCAGAGAUUGUUUAUGCUGCAACCGCCAAAGCCGAGAAAGAGCUGAAAUGGAAGGCAAAAUACGGGAUCGAGGAGAUGUGCAGAGACCUGUGGAACUGGGCAAGCAAGAACCCCUACGGGUAUGGAUCACCCGACAACGGCAACUGAACAACAUGUAUACUCGAGGAUGAUGGAUCGAUCCCGGAGUAGCAGCGAAGACCAACCUAGUAACUUAUAUAUACUCCCAUCAUUAUACUACUACUACUAAUCCGACGGAUGGGCCUCAUUGUAUAGAGAGAGAGAGAGAGAGGGAGUAGGGGGUCCACUGUCCAGCCUCUUAUUAUUAAUCGCCUGAGUUAGGCCUGUCUAAUCUCCAGUCCAUGGUAGAAAGAAUAAACCCCAUGCAUGCAUGUCAUAUUGUGAUGCCGACCGUGGAAUAACAAUAUUAUUACCAUA